AAGUCGCCUAACCUAAGGCAUUAAGAUUAAGCGGACUAACGAUGUUGCUGGCUUCGGAAGACAAAUUCCCCGCUGAUACGGCAAAUACACGCUCGUCGCCGAGAUUAAUCUCCGAGCCGUUAUACCGGCAUCUCUUAGGGGAGCUUCUUGGAGUUGUAGCGUUGUUCUCUCGUACUAUAUUCCGUAAACAUAUCCUAGAUAACUAACCCAGAUAACUAACAUGCAGAUAAAAAGGCUAUACAAGUCUAGUUAAUCGAACGAUAACAGAUCAAGUUAAAUUCAAUGUUCCAAUUAUCACAUCAUCCCAAUAGCUUCAUACCGUACCUACCUAACCUACAUAUGUGUGCAGGCAUACAAAUAUCACGUCAUGUGACGUUUUCAAGGUUAUCGGGUCUACCCGAAUCUCGUGCAUUUCUGAUGAUCCCAUCCCCAAUCCAUUAACCUACCUGCAUAGUACCUACAUAACAUACAUACAUAGAAGCCUUCUUUUACAUUGGGCACCUAACGUACCUAGGUAUUAACCAAACUCAAGGGUAUCCACCCUAAACAACAACAUGUCUAUCACCAACAACAGCAACAACACCACAUCCCCAGCCACUCCCAAGACCAUGCGAGCCUGGGUAUACACCUCGACGCGCGGAGGCAUCGAGAAGAACAUCCAUCUAAUCAGCGACGCGCCGCUCCCCUUCCUCCCCAAGGACGCCAUCCUCGUCAAGGUCCACUACAGCUCCCUCAACCCAGCCGACUACAAGUUCCCCGAGCUAGGCCUGCCCAUGCGCGCGCUGAUCCCCACCCCCGCCUCCCCCGGCAUGGACUUCUCCGGCGUCGUCGCCCAGGUCGGCGACUCCGUCGACGCCUUGCGCGCCGGCGACGCCGUCUUCGGCCGGAUCCCGCCCACCAAGCACGGCUCGCUCGGGGAGUACGUGUGCGCGCGCCUCGACGGCUGCGCCGCCGUGCCCGCCGGCGUAUCCCUCCAGGACGCGAGCUGCAUCGGGACGGCAGCCCAGACCGCGUACCAGUGCAUCGCGCCCAACGUCAGCCCCGGCGACAAGGUCUUCGUCAACGGCGGCAGCGGCGGCACAGGCACCUUCGGCAUCCAGAUCGCAAAGGCCCUGGGCUGCCACGUGACUGCGAGUUGCUCCGGCAAGAACGCCGACCUGUGCCGCAGCCUCGGCGCCGACGAGGUCGUCGACUACACCGCCGAGGACGUCAGCCAAGUCCUAAAGGCCAAGGGCCAGGUCUACCAGCUGGUCGUCGACAACGUCGGCACGCCGGCCGAUCUACAUAAAGCAGCCGACCACUUCCUGCGCCCCGACGGGAAAUUCGUGCAGAUUGGUGGUGAGUUUACCAUGGCGAAUAUCACCACCGUUAUGUCGAGGGGGCUCCUACCUUCCUUCCUAGGCGGUGGCAAAAGAAAGUGGCAGUAUCUUGUUACGAGCAAUACCCAUGCCGACCUUGAGCAGAUCGCCAAAUGGAUGAGUGAAGGCAAGGUCAAGGCUAUCAUCGACGAGGUGUUCCAGUACGAAGACGCACCCAAGGCUUUCGAGAAGCUGAGGACGGGACGCGCCAAGGGGAAGAUUGUAAUUAAAUCCACUGCGUAAGGCUCUCGAAUUUGCGAAACGCGAGGCGGGUAUGUACCAAAAAAACAUGAAAGUUUACGAGACAACAUCUUAGACGCUGGUAAGAACUAAGAGGACAGAAUGUCAAGAAUGUAAUGAUCAUAAUGGAUUGCAGUGCUACUAUCAGAUAAGCAAUCAUGAUGGUACAUCCGACAUAUUAGUCUUGUCUAUUGAUAAAAUAUAUAUUAUAUACUAAGCAGAAAUAGGAGAUAACCAUACUCCUAACAUUGGGCCGUAAGGAUCUCUUUCCAGACCGUCCAAGGUAGCACGUAUAUCUAUUCCCUUCGUCUUUCUAGGUGUCUAUAGCCGAGAGCUUCUUAUC